AUGCCGUUGUUGCAUUCAAAAUCCCGUGAAGCAAAAAACGAAUUGUCUUAUGAAAAUCAUGAGAACACAUACUAUGGCCCUCCAAAGGUGACAUACUUCCAACGAAAAGCGGAAACUGCCAGCAUCGACUGUUGGAAGCUUCUACAUGACGACAAGUUGAGCAAUUAUACGAGGCAAGUAGCAGCAUCGCGGCCGAAGCUUCCCGAUCGACACUUAUCUACGCGCUGUAAGGAAGUUCGAGCUCGAGUCGUUCCUAAGAGCACACUUGAACGACUAUAUUUUGGAGUAGCUUAUGCGCGAAUAGUAUACGAGAGUUACGAGUUCAUCGAAGACGAGCUCAGAUCAAGUUAUCAUCCACAGAACGUCUUCUGUUAUUCCAUCGACUCCAAAGCGAAAAAGGAAUUUGCAGACAGGAUUGGAGCGCUUGCAAAAUGCCUUCCCAACGUGAUAGUUCCUACCAUGAGUACAUUCAGUAGCGGUAUUUUGUUUUAUAUUCUUGCUUCUUUAGAGCGUUUCGACAUUGGAAGGAAGGGAAUUAACGGAACUCGAGCACAUUACGAAUGCAUGAAAUCGCUGAUGGCUUACGAAGGAUGGGGAUACGUAAUCCUUAUGCAGAAUUACGACGUCAUGAUCAAGACCGUGUACGAGACCGUCAAUAUACUACGAGCUCUCGGAGGAGCAAAUGAUGUGCACGUGAGACCAUGUGAAAGUCAUCGCUAUAAUAAAUCUCUGAAAUGGGAUGUUCGCUCGCUGAAAUUUUAUCGAAACGAGGCACGAAUGACGUCAGCACAGCUGAACGCGUCGUUGACAUUUGCCCGAGGAGCUGCGCAUGCGUCACUGUCACGUGCUGCUGCUGACUGGAUGGUGAACACAAUAGACCUCACAAAAACAUUUGAACAGCUCGAUCGCAACGUAUUGGGCGUUGACGAAGUUCUCAUUCCAACGCUGCAAGUUAGUGAUGACCUCGACAUGCCGGGAAGAUUCACAGCCGAAUGUGUAAGGAAAGGGCACGUCAUUGGUUUCAUCACAAGAGUGGAAAGCUGGCAGUACGAUAAGAGUCCAGAGUGCCGCUCGAAGCAUUAUCGCCAUGCUGUUUGUGUAUAUGGUAUAGAAGAUUUCGUCUGGCUCGCUAGCCAUCCAAAAUUGAUGGCUAACAAAAUGAUGCCCUCAUUCGACUAUGGUGCUGUGGAUUGUAUGCAUGAGCUCAUCUUCAAUCGCACCCAUGUUAGAACAAACGAUCAUAUUUGGAAUCUGAAGCUCUACAAAAAUCAGCCCUAUGUAUGUAUUGUAUAUUUUGCUUAUUUAGUCAAUAGCCGGAAUGCUGUUCCGGGAGUCCAUCUUACUCUGGAUGGAACUCACACCCAGGUAUGA